GCCAGUCUCAUAAACAGAUAAACCCAGCUCCAAGAAGUCCCCACUUCUUAUCCAAUAUCCAAAUUCCGAAAGAGAGACACACUCUCUUCUCGAAAUCUCAAAGCAACACUAUCAACUUUGUACAAACAAACGUUAAUGGCAGUUCUUCUACGCUUUCUACACUUUCCAUCUCUAACUCACUACUUCCCCCCUGAACAACAACAACUCACACGCACGCCUUUGUCCAAUCUUAGUACCUACAACUACAAACACAAUCUCUCUCACUCCGUUUCCAUUAAAACCAAAAGACUUGGUACUAGCAACUUCGUUUUGCGCUUCUCUUCUUCCACCACCCAAGAACAAGCUCAAGCUCCUUCUUCUUCUUCUUCUUCAACCAAUGUUUCAACCGAAACCCAAGUAUUGGAACCAGAAACUGAGGAGUUUUCACGAGACAGACUGAUUGCCCAGAACGUCCCUUGGUCUUGUACCGCCGAAGAUGUUCGUACUCUCUUUGAGAAACAUGGGACGGUCCUAGACGUUGAGCUCUCUAUGCAUAACAAGGUCAAAAACAGAGGUUUGGCCUUUGUCACAAUGGGUUCGCCUGAGGAGGCCCUCACGGCUCUCAAUAAUCUCGACUCGUAUGAGUUCGAGGGCCGCACUUUAAAGAUCAAUUAUGCCAGGGCACGAAAGAAGAAACCUUCCCCUCCCCCUGUGCAACCAAAGCCAUUAACAUUCAAUUUGUUUGUAGCAAAUUUGCCAUUUGAAGCAAGGUCUAAAGAUCUCAGAGAAUUCUUUGGUUCAGAGAACAGUAGUCUUGUUUCUGCACAAGUUAUCUUUCAUGAGAAUCCUAGAAAGUCCUCUGGGUAUGGAUUUGUGGCCUUCAAAUACAAGAAAGAUGCUGACGAAGCUCUUUCUUCUUUCCAAGGGAAGAUAUUUAUGGGAAGACCAAUUCGAAUAGCACGUAGUCGACAAUUUGUUAAACUACGAGCAGAAGAGAAUGCAGAGUCUGGAGAUACAUCAACUACAGAAGAGAGUGCAGAGUCUGGAGAUACAUCAACUGAGUUGAACUCUAGUGUGGAGCAAGCAGAUACUGCUGAUGAGAAUGGAAAGUGAAUUUUCAGAGACAGUGAAUUCGCUUCAUUUUCUUCAUUUUUGUGAUUCAGUAGGUAAAACUUCUUAAAUUCAAUGCUGCAGAUAAGAAACAAAUAUAGAUACUGAUGUGGUAUGCCAUCAAAAACUUGGGGACUAUUACUUGGAUUUGUAUUCUAGUCGAGCUCUAUCUUGGAUCCUAUCCACUAUUUAACAAGAGCUCAUCACCUUAAUACCUUGAUUCAAAUUCAAUUGUGUCCUUUGUUGUGCUUGUGGUGCCUUCAAGUUGAAUUGAAGCUCUCCUCUGUUUUUGAAUAUUGAUUUUCAUGCUUCAGCAGGC